GAGAACCCCGAUGCUAUGCCCUAAUAAACGCGACUUUAGAAGCGCUUCUUCAUCUUCCAUUAUCGUCUUACAAAGUAGCGACUUCUAAUCUUCUCUGAGCGCCUCCUUUUCUGUGUGCAUAAAUAAGAAACACUUAAACAGGUUUAGAGAAGAGACUUACUUGAUCGCUUCAAUCCACGCUGCAGCUAAUGAGAUUGGGAUUUUGCUGGAACAGAUUAGCGGCGCCGCGGUUCUUCGAGUUGUCCGGUGUCGGGAAAACGACGAUCAGAGGCAUGCAAUCGAAGAGUGAUGGAAAUUCUACCGAUCGCCGGGAUACCCAAAUUCAACAGUCGUCAGGCAAGGAACAGGGACAACCACAGCAAUGGCAUACUCCACAAUCCUAUGAGGAUCAUUUUCCUUCGCUCUCCGCCAGUGUUGGGUUCAAGACCAAAGGAAGAAGGAGAACUAGGGUAGACUUGGGGAACUCUUCAGAACAGAAAUCCAAGGAGAUUAAGAAUAAUGCCGCAUUGAAACAUGAAACAUUAACUUCAAUUAUUCAUCAGAGAGAUACAGGCUUGAAGGAAAAAGGGCAUUUAUCUUGUAACGAGUCGAAGACUACCCGAGCACAUGAUGGACAUGGAGAGCUAAAGAAAAGCCCGAUGUCUUCGACGCAGGCUUUCAGAAGGGUUGGAGAGCUAAAGAAAAGCCCAACGUCUUUGAUGCAGGCUGUCAAAGAUGAACCUUUCGACAUAUGUCUCCCCAAGGGAAAAAGUUCUGUGAUGGAGGUAAAUGGACAAAGAUGGGUUAGAAAGGUUAAGGUAGAUGUUGAAUCAGCUGAAGAAGAUUAUGAAUCAAAUGAUAAUUGGCAAAGAGAUGAUGCAGUUGGUGAGUCUGGUCAGGUGCUGAGACCUGGAAUGGUUUUAUUCAAGAAUUAUCUUUCCCUACAUGAACAGGUAAAUAUUGUGAAGAAAUGCCGGGAAUUAGGCUGCUGUCCCGGAGGGUUUUACCGACCUGGUUAUAAUGAUGGUGCAAAACUGCGUUUGUAUAUGAUGUGUCUCGGUCUUGACUGGGAUCCUCAGACAAGAAGUUACGGAGAAAUCUGCUGCCGUGACAAUGUUAAACCUCCUGCUAUUCCUUCUGAAUUCGCUUCAAUAGUAAGCCGAGCACUUGAUGACUCCCAUGCACUUAUCAGAAGAGACAAUGAAACAAUAGAUGCCAAGGAAGUACUGCCCAAAAUAUCUCCAGAUGUGUGUAUUGUUAACUUCUACGCAACUACCGGGAGACUUGGCCUUCAUCAGGAUCGGGAUGAAAGUGCUGCAUCUCUUGAUAAAGGAUUGCCUGUUGUUUCGAUAUCAAUUGGUGAUUCGGCUGAGUUCUUGUAUGGGGACAAUAGAGAUGUUGACAGGGCUACAUGUGAGAAACUAGAGUCAGGUGAUGUCCUUAUAUUUGGCGGUGAAUCGAGACAUAUUUUCCAUGGUGUGAGAGCCAUCCUUCCGGAUACAGCUCCUCCUCCAUUGCUGGAGAUUACAAAUCUUCGGUCCGGUCGUCUCAACCUUACCUUCAGAAAAUACUGAAAUAGAGCAUGAGCUUUCAUAAUUGAUUCUUGCUUAAAUGUACCUUUGUGCUUGAAAUGUGGAUCUCUGCCACUAAAAUUUUGACGAGCUGUUGUUGCC